AUGAGGAUGACUCCUUAUUUGGACAUUGAUAAAUGUUUGCUAAAAUGGUUUACUCAGUGUCGAGAUAAAAACAUACCAUUAAAUGGAAAAAUUUUACUUGAAAAAGCAAACAAAUAUGCACAACAACUAGGACACACUAAUUUUAAAGCUAGUAGUGGAUGGCUUACAAAUUGGAAAAAAAGACAUGAUGUAGUUUUUCGAACUGUUUGUGGAGAAAAAGCUUCAGUAGACACACAUUGUUGUUCAAAUUGGAUUAAAAAUCUUCCUGAUGUCUUAGCAGGUUAUUCUUCUAAUAAUAUUUUUAAUGUCGAUGAAACGGGCUUAUUUUUCAAAUGCUUACCAGAUAAAACAUUAAUGUUAAAAGGUAAAGAAUGUUCGGGUGGAAAAUACGGUAAAGAGCGCAUUACAAUUAUGAUAGGAGCAAAUAUGUCUGGAACUGAAAAACUAAAAUUAUUUGUCAUAGGUAAAGCAAAGAAGCCUAGGUGUUUUAAAGGAAUUAAAUCUUUACCAGUUGACUAUAGGUCAAAUAAAAAGGCUUGGAUGACUUCGUCAUUAUUUAGUGAGUGGCUUUUAAAUUUUGAUAGAAAAAUGAAACUAGAAAAUCGAAAAGUUCUACUAUUCAUAGAUAAUUGUACAGCUCAUAAUCACGAUAUUGAAUUAAGUUCCAUUAAAGUAAAUUUUUUACCACCUAGUACAACAUCUAUACUUCAGCCCAUGGACCAAGGCGUUAUACAGAAUUUCAAUAUGUUUUAUAUAAAAGAAAUAAUCAGACGGUUAGUCGAUAAUAUCGAUAACAACGAAUCAUUUUCUAUAAACAUACUAGAAGCUAUAAGAAUGUCUGAUAAGGCUUGGAGAAGUGUAACACCACAGACUAUAUUAAAUUGCUUCAUAAAAGCCGGUUUUAAAGACGGUGAUAUAAUUGCAUUAGAUAAUUCAACUACUAUUUCUGAUGAUAAAUGGAAUUUUGUUGCUGAUCAUCUUAAUUUAGACGACAGAAGUUUUUCACAUUAUGUGGAAAUGGACAAUAAUGUACACGUAUGUGGAACAUGGACAGAUAACGAAAUUUUAUCAGAAACCAUCGAAAAUACCAGCGAGAGUGAAGACGAACCACAAAAUGAGGAAGAAAUCAUUUUUACCCAAGUUACAAUUCAACAAGCUAAACAUGCUUUAAAAACACUAAGGGAUUUUGUUGAGACUACUACAGGUAUGGAUGAUAAUGCUUUUUCUGCAUUAUCUAAUUUGGAAGACGUCGUGGCAGAAAGAAACUUUAGUAUUUUAAUGAUUUCAUCAUUGUCUACUUUAUUUAACACUUCUUUUUCUAUUGACAUGGGCAUAAAAGCUUCUAGUUUAUUUUCAUUUGAUGUACUUCGAAGUCUAGUUUUUAUCAACUUCAAAGAAGAAAAGCUUCUUUCACAAGCUACCUGA